UCGAUCUCGAAAGCAGAAAAAUCCUUCCUUUUCCCAUCUCGAUUCCUCCUCCACCUCCAAAGGGGAAAUCCGUCCUUCAGCUCUUCCUUCCGCCCUCCCAUGGCGUCCGACAGCUUCACCGACAAGAACGCCGUUUUCCGGAAACUGAAAGCGAAAUCGGAGAACAAGAUGUGUUUUGAUUGCAAUACGAAGAACCCGACCUGGGCUUCGGUGACGUACGGGAUCUUCCUCUGCAUCGACUGCUCCGCGGUCCACCGCAGCCUCGGCGUGCACGUCAGCUUCGUCAGGUCCACAAAUUUAGACUCGUGGACUCCUGAGCAAUUGAAAACGAUGAGCUUUGGGGGGAAUAACCGUGCUCAUGUGUUUUUCAAGCAACAUGGAUGGACCGAUGGAGGCAAAAUUGAGGCCAAAUAUACAUCAAGAGCUGCCGAGUUAUACAGGCAACUCCUUUCUAAAGAAGUAGCCAAAAGUGUGGCAGAGGAUGCAGGUUUGCCAUCAUCUCCUGUUGCUUCUCAGUCAUCCCAAGCAUCCAAUGGAUUUCCUGAUGUUAAGAUCAGUGAAGCCCCAAAAGAAAGCUCUUUAGGUAGGCAAGAAGUGCCCGAAGUCUCUGCUUCCACCCGGACUUCUCAUAUUGUUAUAACUACUGUGAAGAAGCCUCUUGGUUCCAAAAAGCCAGGAAAAACUGGCGGCCUUGGUGCUAGAAAGCUUACAACAAAGCCAAGUGAAAAUUUAUAUGAGCAAAAGCCUGAAGAGCCAGUUGUCCCGGCAGUUUCUACUCCUGCUAGCAGCACUGCAAUGGCUAGUCCUUCUUUUGGAUCUCGAUUUGAGUAUGUAGAAAAUGUCCAAUCAUCAGACACGAGUUCUGGUGGCACACAUGUGAUUAGUCAUGUAGCUCCACCAAAGUCGUCGAACUUCUUUGCUGAAUUUGGAAUGGACAGUGGUUUUCCAAAGAAAGCAAGCUCUAAUUCUUCAAAAUCUCAGGUAGUACAAGUCCAGGAAUCUGAUGAAGCAAGGAAGAAGUUCUCAAAUGCAAAGUCAAUUUCAUCAGCCCAAUUUUUUGGUGAUCAGAAUUCAGCUAACGACCUCAAUGCCCAAGCUUCCUUGCAAAAGUUCUCCAGUUCAUCUGCCAUCUCCAGUGCUGAUCUGUUUGGCGACAGUUCAGAUUCUGCUCUGGACGUUUCUGCAAGCGACCUCAUCAACAGGCUCUCUUUUCAGGCUCAGCAGGAUAUCUCUUCCCUUAAGAACAUCGCGGGAGAGACCGGAAAGAAGCUAAGUUCGUUCGCGUCCGCCUUCAUAAACGAUCUCCAAGACAGAGUCCUCUAAUUUGCAGGUCCUCUCGCUUGCGGAGAAGUGGAGCGUGACUCGUUAUUCCCCGCUUAUGUAAUGUGGAUGUGAAGGAGAGCUGUUAAGAAAUUCUUUUCAGAAGACAAAUAAAGAAUUUUACUUUGAUCUAAGACAGUUUGAGAGAGUAUUUUGUAGCACAGGUAUUGCUUUAAAGAAUGAUAUGUCGCCUUUUUCUCGGUUGCGCAA